AUGGCGCAGCUUCCACCGUACCUGGUGCGGAUCGUCGCCUCCAUGCUGACACAGGCGCUCACACGGAAACUCGCCACCUCGCCAUUGUUCUUCCGAAUCGUCGACCGCAUGAUCCACGAGAUCGACCACAUGCCCCAUCGCGUGCAGGGCCGACAAGUUCCAACGUAUCAACCUCCACUAGGAAUGCGAGAAAGCGAAUGGGACCAAGACCAUGGGGAGCCGCACAACGAGCCUUCACCCUUUCCCGUGUCUUUCAAAGGCAGUCAAACCGGUUCGGCGGCCGCAGAAGGAGAUCCAAAUAGACCAAAGAUGAGCUUUGAAGAGGCUCAAAGACAGAGAGCGAGAAUGUCGUAUCAGCAGUCACAGAGGCUAGCGCAAAGGGAUCGAGCUAGGGCGCAGGAACAGCAGAAGACGGCAAAAGACGAUUCCGUAUCGAAGGAGUUGAAGGAGCUACAGGACAAGUUGCGCGAGUUGCGGAACGGCAAACCAGGCUCGUCAUAG